CACACCUCCCUCCCUCCCUAUAUUUCCAAGUGGUUUACAACAUAAAUUGAAACAUGAAAUGAAACGUUAAAUAUAUCAAUGUGAAACAUUACAAAUGAAACUAGAGUACAAAAUACAACAAAGACCCACAUUUAAAGCAGCAUUAUUAACAAGAAAACAUACUGUUAUCUGAAACAUACUGUGAAUAAGACUCAAACUUAGAAAUGCAAUAAAAAAGCCCACAACAUUAGUGGUUAAACAAAAUAAUUAAGGUAGGAGGUGUACCCCCACUUAAACCCCUCCCACUCAGUAACAUCUCUCAAACACACCCUUAGCACUCUCCCUCAUACAAAAUUCACUCUCAACUAUUCAUAUCCACCAUACUCAUAAUUCAGGGGUGGUGUGUCCUCCUGUUUCACUGCUUGAGGUGAAACUUUGCUACCUACCCUACCUGUUGCUGCCGGCACUGCUGCUCUGUGAUGCCUUGUUGCAUAGUUCUCCUGUUCGGAUUUUAAAUAUACUUCAACUGAGAAAAUGCACGCUCAGCUGAGCAAUUUGUGACCAUUAAUGUUAAAAAAUCUGGCAAGGGGAAAUUUCCAUGGUGUCCCCCUUCGCCUGAUGCCCUAAGCACAUGCUCAUUUUGCUUAAUGGUUAAUCCAGCCCUGCUUACGCCACAAUAAAUUAGUUAGUCUUUAAGGUGCCACAAGUCUCCUGUUGUGUUACACCCGACUAACAUGGCUCUGGAAAAUGUUAUGGGUAAAAACAUAAGACUGAUUCUCUGAAAUUUGAAUAUGCUUUAAAAAAAAAAAAAAGAACGUGCAAAUUUACUUUCUCACAUUAUUUUAAUCUCCAUGACAUUUAAAUAAUGUCCUCGCUUUUAGUGGUUUUCGUCUCCAGAGAGCUUUAGACAAAUUAACUAAUUCACAGUGGAUUCUAGGCUUAUUCAGAACGGCGUCACCUUGGCCACAGUCACUGUAGUGGUGUUACUGGAAGCCAUUAACACCAGCUGACAGAGACCAUAAUUGUUAUUUUUUUUGCCUCCACAGAGAGUGGUGUUUGCUUCACAGAAAAUAAUACAGACAACCUUGCACAUUUCUGCCAAACCUAUCAGUUUUUGGUGCUGCUGCCAGUUUUGACUUUCAGCUUCUAAUCUAGAGGGAUCGUUUGAAUAAUUUAGUCAGGAAAUCCAACGCUCUUGUUGGUCUUCCAUCAAGCCGUGCUUGAUAGAAUCUGGUUUGUAGCAUAGCACUCAGGGGCUUGGUCAGAACCUUUCUGUCUUCUGCUCUGCACUAUCUGUGGGACACAAGAUCUGGCACCAAGGGUUCCAGUACAGCAAAUGGAGCAAAACAAUGUUUUCUUGCUCAAGUCCUGUGAACCAGGCCUGCCUCCUGAACUGGUAUUGUACUACAGCCCCUCCAAGUGUCCCUAUUUUCCAGGGAAAGUCCAGAUUUACAGAAACCGUCCCAGUUUCUGAUUUUAAGAUAAGAUAAGAUAAGAUAUCUUUAUUGUCAUUGUCCCCUUGCGGGAACAACGAAAUUACUCGGUUGCUACAUCCACUCAGAUAAAGCAUUCCGCAUAAUCCAAAAUUACAAAACCUAAUUAAAAACAGUAAAUAUAAUACAAAUAACAAGUAAAAUAAGAUGACUUCAAAGUCCAGGCUUUCCAUUUAAGGCCAAAAUCGCUCUAGAGAAGAAACUGUUCCUGAGACGGCUCGUUCUUGCCUGCAUAGUUCUAUAUCUCCGGAAUGUUCCACUUUUCCUUAGGACGUCCCUAUUUUCAUCUGAGAAAUGGAGGGUAUGAGUUAUCUGACCCCUGAGCCACCUGAAGGCAGCCCUGUAUAGCGAAGCUUUUUUAAUGUUUAAUGUUUUAUUAUGUUUAUAUAUAUACUGGAAGCAACCGAGAGCGUCUGAGGCAACCCAGUCAGAUGGGUGGAGUAUAAAUAGUAAAAUUAUCAUUACUGAUGAAUAGGACAUCCCUAUUUGUUCCAGAGAAGUCUCAUGCACAAAACAAAGUCCCAUUCACCUUGCUUAAUACAGUUGUGAUUAGGAACGAAGGUCCUGUUCUUGUUUUUAUAGCAAUCUGAGUGCCCAGAGUGCUGCAGGAAUUAUAAAUAAUUCCAAUCUUAUUUGGAUUAAACUCAGGUGAGGAGGGGAAACAGAAGUUCUGUAGACCCUUAACAUUUAAGUCUGUGGUUAAACCGACUGUACUGGAUACAAUUCUAAAGGCUAUGAAGUCACCUAGAGUCCGCGGAGUAUGCCUGAUGGUCUCUCCUGCGUAAAACGGCACAUUGUACAAAACUGAAAAUGCGUUCACUCGUACAGCUGAAUUAAUUGUCCUGUCAUGCAACAGUAAGCUGGGGCAGGUGAGCCUUCUGUUUAUUUGCUAGAGUGUUUCUUUUCUUUGUUUUUGCUUUGAUGCUGUGCUCCCAGCAGUGGCACUUAGGAAAAAACCUCAUCCAGAUGCUGUAGCGCUGAGAGCUGAUCUCUCUCCCCUUGCAGCAGCAGGAGCCAUGGGAAAUUAUGUUGUACAAGCUCUGGGGGAAAGCCCUUGUGCAGCACAUGCAUUCUCCGAAGAUUUUUAGAGGCCAUGAAAGAAGUGGAGGAGGAGUGUGCAUGGUGGCAGCUUAACAUUGCAAGAGCAGUAGUUUGCACUGGAGCAGAAUGGAAUGGAAACCGAGCUAUCAGGGCCCCGAGAUAUGUGAUGUCCUGCUUCAGACUACAGAAAUUGGGUUGUUCUAUUUUUGAAAUCUCUCCUCAAGUGUUAAAAACUGCAAAACAGAAAAGCAGCACAAUGAACAGUUGGCUGAGCUGAAAGCUGUGCACCUGGAUAGGCUAGGUUUGUUUGUUUGUUUGUUGUCGUUUUGCAGGGAGCAUUCGAAAAUGUGACUUAUCGGGUGGUACAGCCCACACAAAUCUAACUCCCUUUUUCUGCUGGAAGUGAGAUUUCAGGCAGAGAUCAGAUGAAAGAAGGAUUCCAGUAGAGCUUCUUACACAGUAAAGUUUCCUGCAGGUCCCCCAAAACCCAGAUUCUUCCUGCGUUGCUAUCCACUUGCCUCUUUUCAUCUCACCUUUGGGUUUGAAACUGGCUCAAAAACACACAAUGCCCCACCUUCAUUAUUUGAUUUGUUUGUGUUAAGGUACCGAAAUAUAGCACAGGUCUUGUGUAAAGCAGCCUAGUAGGAAAUCUUGUAGGAAGAAACUAACUGGGGAAAAAGAAACUUUAUCCUGGGAAAAUCAUUGCAUUACUCAUAAACACGUUUAGAAUUGACUUUCAUUUAACUUAACCAAGAACCCAAACAUCCAUCGUCCAAAACUUAUUAACAGAGAAAUAAGUACUAUUCAUUUCAUUGAAAUGGGGAUGCAGGCUUUAGCAGCUUAAUCAGUCCAAUUAUUAGAAACUAAGCUUAUGUCUAGUUAAUCAGCAAAAGAAUAAUUACCCUUUUGUGCUUUAAAAGGUUGCUGCAAAUUGAGCGAAGGAAUAUGGAGCCAAAACAGAAAAUAACCGCUGUGUUUCCUACUUAUAACAGUGAUCUGGGAAGGGUUUCAGCAGGAGCAGUAACAUAUUAAUACGUGAUAUAUUUCAUAUCACAGCUGAAGAGUAUCGGGCUUUUGCUGCUUGAGGUAAAAGACAAAAUGGUGCUCCCUCAACCUUCUACAUAGAGAAAUUGACUAGACUGGCAGCUGAAUCUUACUAUAACACUGGUGACAGGAUAUUUAUUUUUUAUCAUUCUUUAUUAAAUUUGUUUACCACCCUAUACGCAUAGCGCAUAGAUCUCAGGGCGGUUCACAACAUAAAAUCACAAUAUGAAAAACACUAAAUACAUAAUAAAAAUUAAGAAAGGCAACCCAGUAAUCCCCACCCCACUGUACCUGAGGCAGCAGGCCAGAUUAGGGGGCCCAGGAGAAACCAUGUGGCCCAGGGGGAAUGGCUGAGAGUUCAGGAGUAACAGCCACCUGAAGCAGUUGUCUCACUCCGCCUAAUGGUAUUGCUGGCUCUGCUGAAGAACACCAGGUAUUUGGGAGAAUAAAAACCAUACUGUUAUUCAUUCUUGAUAUUUGAGAAAUCAUCAGUUAAACUAUUUUCACCCAAGAUUCUCCCAAAUUGGCCCACUGAAAUGAAAUGUAAUCAAAAAGUUGUGUGUUACUGAAGGGAGGUAGUUCAGGUUUUUUGUAUCAGCUUAGUUGGUGGCGCUGUGGGUUAAACCACUGAGCCUAGGGCUUGCUGAUCAGAAGGUCAGCGGUUCAAAUCCCUGUGACGGGGUGAGCUCCCGUUGCUCGGUCCCAGCUCCUGCCAACCUAGCAGUUUGAAAGCACAUCAAAAUGCAAGUAGAUAAAUAGAAACCACUACAGCGAGAAGGUAAACGGCGUUUCUGUGUGCUGCUCUGGUUUGCCAGAAGCGGCUUUGUCAUGCUGGCCACAUGACCUGGAAGCUAUACGCCGGCUCCCUCGGCCAAUAAUGCGAGAUGAGCCCGGAACCCCAGAGUCAGUCACGACUGGACCUAAUGGUCAGGGGUCCCUUUACCUUUACAGUUAUGAAUUGACUGAUUUGUCCAAUGAUCCUUUCCCUUGCUCACCCACACACUUGCCUGUGAAAACAGCAAGCAUAAGUUGAGGAUAUACUGGGAUGGUUUACAUUUUUCAAAUAACAUUUUAUUUAUUUCAGAUUUGUUUCAAAAUGUAAUGGCUUCUCAAAAACUCAUCUCUCUCCCAGAAAGGGGUCAGUCUAGGUUUACUAUUCAUUGCUCACAGUCCCAAUAGUAAGGUCAAGCCCAUUGCUCACUCCAGGUCUGGUGUCUGCUUCCACCAAAAUCCGGUGGCAUGGAAGAUGUUAAUUCCUCAUCAGUCCCAUUUUAAAAGCUUAGAAAGGCUGGGGAUGAAUCAAGGCUAAAGGAAGGGUGGGUUACAAAUGUGGGAAAAAAUUAUUUACACCUUUGUUUAAGGUAAGCUGACCUUGGCAAGGAGCAAGGGUUUUUGGUGAUGGCCAUGGGGCUAUGGAAUGACUUCUAGGAUGUCUAUUAAAGUGCAUCCCUGUUAAAUGAAUUUGUGAGCUGAAUUUGUCAGCCUUUUGGAUAUUUUUUUCUUUUUAUUUGUUUGAAAAUUUGUUUUUAUUACUAAUGGUUGCUAUGAUUUUAACUGUGGUUGUAAGCCACCUUGUGCUGCUAUAGGAUAGACAUAUUUUUAAGUAAAUAAAGAGUAACUUGGUUCUGACUCCAUGUCUUACAAAGUGACCAGAACAGGCUCAUACUAACCAUUAGAAAUCCAUAUUUGUCAAGGCAAGCAAGCACAAACAAAGCAGUGUUUCAGAGUUGGCUGACAUCUUGCUGUCCGCUAGGUUUUUCCUUUCUACUUUGCCUGCAGAAAAGGUUGGCUCUUCGCUGUGCAACAGGUUUUGUUGGGAUUUAGUCAUUAGAAAUUUUCAGGAAAUAAAUCAACAUUUUCCAAGGUGUACUGUUCAAGAGGAGUAAAUAUUACUUUCCCCUCCUGUGUCAGGUGAAGUCUGUUUAAAAAGAGUUAGUCAUAGCAGAAAGCUUAUUGACAGUGUCAAGUCAGUUUCCUGCUGCGGUGAAAAUGUCGAAUUCAGCCUUGGGAAUAUUUAGGAAAGGGAUUGAAAACGAAACUUCCAAGAGUUAUUGCGCCUUUGAAGAGAUUUGUGGAAAUACAUACAAAGCCCUAGAUGACAGCACCAUGCCAAGCCACAUUUGGAAUAUAAGUACAGUGGUGCCUCGCAAGACGAAAGUAAUUCGUUCUGCGAGUCGCUUCGUCUUGCGAUAAUUUCGUCUUGCGAAGCGCAGUUUGCCACGGCAAAAAAAAAGCCGCUGAAAAAAUUCGUCUUGCGAAGCGUGGCCAUAGAAAACUUUGUCUUACGAGUCACCAAAAACAACGCAAAACGCUUUCGACUUGUGAGUUUUUCGUUGCGCAAGGCAUUCGUCUUGCAAGGUACCACUGUAUAUCUUAUCGUGCUAGACUCUGUGCAUUCAGAUUGCCUGUUCUUUCUAGUUAUAUGGGAUACACAGGAUUUGGUUUCUAAACAAUCACCAUUGGAAGCAGCCCCCCCCCCCCUUAUUCUCUGCCUAGCUGUCAGUUUUGCUGACACUGCUAUUCACCUGAAUGUAGAAAACUGCGGCAGACAAAAUGCCAGGUUAAUUUAACUGCAUUGGGUGAGAUAGACAUACCCCAUGCAUCUUCUAAGGAUCUUUUCAUGUGACAACGUUUUAUCACCUGAAUUGUUAGAACGGGAAGGUGAACAGGAUGUGCCUCAAAGGAAGGCUGGUGCUAGGGCAGUAGUUUUGAUCCAGCAAGUACAUUUGAACUGGAAACAAUUGGAAUGCAGGUCCACUGUAUCAUUUGAAGGUGAUAGUAAAGCUGAUUCUAUAAUGUGACACUUGCAAAUUAUCUCUGCCUGGAAGUGCGCCUAAAACUGGCUGUGCUACAGAAUGACAGGCAGUUUCUAGUUGCGGUGAUAGUUUCAGUUCAUAUGAGGCAUUAAAGGAUAUUCUCAGCUCCUCGCGCUCGCCCACCUCCUCCUAUUCCGAGACGGUGGGGAGGGUGCUUCAGCUGGUGGUGGGAGGGAAAGCGGAGGAGAGGUGGGGGAAGCUUGGCAGCCUCAGAGCCAGAUGCUCUUGUCGUGGCUGCCGCCUUCUUCUUCCUCUUCUUCUUCUUCUUCUUCUUCUUCUUCUUCUUCUUCUUCUUCUUCUUCUUCUUCUUCUUCUUCCUUCUCCUCCUCCUCCUCCCCACGCCCUCCUCUCUCUCUCGCUCUCCCCAACAUGGCAGGGCUGGGCAGCAGUGGUGCCUCCGCCUUUGGGCGCUGCACGCACGCCUUGGUGCGGGCUCUGCCAGAGUCCCUGUGCCAGCAGGCGCUGAGGCGCGAGAAGGGCAAGGAGGUGGACUUGGCACGUGCCGAGCGCGAGCACCAGCUCUACGUCGGGGUGCUGAAGAGCAAGCUGGGGCUGCAGGUGCUCGAGCUGCCCGCCGACGAGAGCCUGCCCGACUGCGUCUUCGUCGAGGACGUGGCCGUCGUGUGCGAGGAGACGGCUCUUCUCACGCGCCCGGGUGCGCCCAGCAGGAGGAAAGAGGUUGAAGUAAUGAAGAGAGCGCUUGAAAGCCUUAACCUGAACAUUGUAGAGAUGACAGAUGAACAUGCAACUCUAGAUGGAGGAGAUGUUUUAUUUACAGGCAGGGAAUUUUUUGUUGGUCUUUCAAAGCGGACCAAUCGACGUGGUGCAGAAAUUCUGGCAGACACCUUUAAGGAUUAUGCCGUUUCUACAGUCCCUGUUUCUGACUCCUUGCAUCUGAAGAGUUUCUGCAGUAUGGCUGGGCCAAACCUCAUUGCUAUUGGUUCAAGUGAAGCUGCACAGAAAGCCCUCAAGACAAUGCAGCAGAUGAGUGACCACCGCUACGACAAGCUUACAGUUCCUGACGACGCUGCAGCAAACUGUAUAUAUUUAAACAUUCCUGGCAAAGGUCAUAUCUUGUUGCACCGAGCCCCUGAGGAAUAUCCAGAAAGUGCAAAGGUCUUUGAAAAACUGAAGGACCACAUGUUGAUCCCUAUAGCGAACACAGAGCUUGAAAAAAUAGAUGGGUCGCUCACAUGUUGUUCUGUCCUUAUUAAUAAAACUUCACAAUUAUGAGUUUACAGACUCCCUCCCUUGUAACUGGCAAUAACGUACAUGCUAGGCAGAUGAAUCUGUACCUACUUUUUAUUGGUUCCCUUGACAAUCUACUGUACCACUGUGCUACUAACCUUUGUUUACAAUGGUGCCCUUUCAGGUGGUAAUUAAGGUGUGUGUGUGUAUAUAUAUGUGUGUGUGUAUAUAUGCUUUAGGUGCAGGAUUGUAUGAGGCAAGGCAAGUCCCCUUAACGGCACAUACAGACAGGUGCUAGAGAAAGUAUAACUUUUCGAAUUUAGCCUCCCUUCACACAAGCCAGCUUUGUAAGGGUGUGUUGUGUCCAGCAGUAUGCUGAUGACUGCCCACCUUGUGCCCCAAUGUAAUGCAGGGGUUAGGGGAACGAUGGUCCAACUCUUUGCUUCUGCUGAUGUUGACUUCGUCACGGGAAUUUCAAAUUUGUUCCCAUAAGGGCUUUCACGUCUUCUUUCCCCAUUGAUCUGCCUACCUUCCAUCCCAGGUAUUCAUGGUCAAAAAAACGAACUUUAGAAAUAACAACAAAGCUACGGGUUAUCUUCAUGUUAGAAAAGAGAAAUGGCAGAAGAGGCUACCAGUAAUUAACUCUUCUCCCUCCUGACCACUUUUUAAAACUAAAGAUUGAUCUUCAAGCAUCUUUUCUACCUUCUGGGGGAAAGUUAUGGUACUGUAUAUUUUCUCCCAUGAGUAAGAAAACAGCUUGAGGAGGAUUUCGUGGGGGGUGGAGGUGGUGGAAAUAGUUAGAUGUGAAAGGCUUUAGCAACCCCUCCCCUGCUUAUUCCUCCACUUGGACUUGAAGAUAUCCACAGCUGUUUUUCUUUACGAAAGGACUACAUGUGACUGCCAUGUAACCUCUGCCAUGUAACUUCUGUAACCUCAGGCUUGAGCGAUAGCUGGGACAUAAAGGGCUCAGAGUAAUACCAAUGCCUUUAACUGGGGAUGCAUUAAGAUGGAUUUCAUGCCCUCAAAUCAGACUGUUACACUUUGGUGGCCUCUAGUCAUUCCCCCUUGAAUUUUGGGAUGCUUGCUCAUUAAAGCAAGAUCUUUGUGCCUGUGUUAGGUGGGUUGCUUUUGUGCUUUGCUGAAGGCAUGUGUUGGGAUUGAAAUUUACAUAGCGUGCCAUCACGCAUGAGGCUUAUAUUAGUUCUUCCUUCAAUCCAUUUUUAAUGUAAAUGUGAAAUCUACAUUGGCCGCAAUACUCAUGUUGCAAAGGCCUCUAAUGAACAUCUAUAGCUGACAUUGGUUCCGACAUCUGUGCUCAUUAGGAGUAAUGCAGAAAUCAGCCUCGGUUUUAUUCAUCCCUUAUUUUUUCUCUUUUGUUCUGUGUCUCCCUUUCUCGUUUUUUUCUUCUUCUUCUCCCUCCCCUUCUACCUUUGCCUUCCGUUUUUCUUGUCAUCUCUCUUCCAAAAAUCCCUAUUAUACCAGUAGGUAACUAAAAAAAAGAGAAAAUUGAUAGCAUCAUGAACCUGGGCUUCUGCAUAGUCCUUUUUAGAGUACCAGCUGCAGUGUGAAAUGUACUGUGUUUUAUUAUUUCACAGUAUUGUGUUGCUGCUCAUGCCAUGGAAGUGCAUUAGAAGAGAAUCGUGAGCAGAAUCUAUUGCAAACGGCGGGUGGCACCUAGGGAAAAAGUGUUACCGCAGAGGAGGAUUCUCGGGAUUUCAUUCUGAUAGUCUUGAAUUUCAGCAAAGCUUAAACCACUUGUAAGUUUAUCCUAGUGUAUCCUAGAAGCUGAGACAAUGGUCUCGUUGUUUAUCCACUGGAUAGGCAGAUAGCUCAUAAAUAAAUCUUAUAUCAACCCUGUUCUAAGAAUAAUCCACAGGUUUAUGUGAAUCUCGAACUUAAUGUUCUGACAACCAUUCAGUCGGCCUUAUGAUGUUAACAAAUUUCUUCUUCAUCUCCCCUUCACCUAUUUUGCUUUACUUUUCAUGGAAUGUUUUUUUGUUUUGAAUUUUUGUUUGAUCAGAGUUCUUCUGAGAGCCAGCAGUGAAUUUCCUGAGAAGUUUCGGUAGUGAGAAAGAGAUUGCGGGAGUUCUAGCUGCAGAAGUUUUGCUUUGGUUUUUUACUGUGGUGUAUCCCUUCGAAUAGGGACCCAGGUGGCGCUGUGGUUAAACCACUGAGCCUAGGGCUUUCUGAUCAGAAGGUCGGUGGUUUGAAUCCCUGCGACGGGGUGAGCUCCCGUUGCUUGGUCCCAACUCCUGCCAACCUAGCAGUUCGAAAGCACGUCAAAAUGCAAGUACAGUAGAUAAAUAGGAACUGCUACAGCGGGAAGGUAAACGGCGUUUCCAUGUGCUGCUCUGGUUUGCCAGAAGCAGCUUUGUCAUACUGGCCACAUGACCUGGAAGCUAUACGCCGGCUCCCUCGGCCAAUAAUGCGAGAUGAGCGCGCAACCCCAGAGUCGGUCAUGACUGGACCUAAUGGUCAGGGGUCCCUUUACCUUUACCUUAUUCCUUCGAAUAAGGAAGAGAGCUGUCUUCCAACAGGCCGCCAUGACUACUCAGUCUAAGCUUUCAGGUUGUUGUGCUCGGAACAAUGAAUAUCUUGGAUGGUUUUUCUAACUUUUAAUUGUGUGACUGUUUACUAUGGAAUUCAGCUGAAAGAAAUAUUUCUUAUGGUAAAUUCUGCAACACACUUAAGGCCUUAGUCAUAAUGUUUUUUCACCACACACACAAAGAAUAUGAACAAUCGCAUUCUCUUGGAACCUGUUAAGUCAUUUCAAAGAAUGGAGAUGCUAUCUAGCUCAAGUAGCAGUAGGAACUCUCCAAGGGCUGACAUACGGUCUGAGUAUUUUAUCAACUUCCUGGUUAAGGCCACUACUGUAUUCUCCAAUGCUAAUUCUGUCUAGUUGCUGAGGUGUCCUAGAAGGAAGGAAGAUCGGGUAGCCGAGUAAUAAGGAAAGAAUCUCUGAAACUAUUUAACCAUGUAGGGAAUCCAAGAAAUGUAAACUGGAAAAUGCUACUACCAAUACCAUCCUGUUGCCUUUUAGAAGGAUUAAGUAUACUUAAAAACUCUGGUUCGUGAUUCUUUUGCCCUUUCAUUUCUCCCUUUUGAGGAGAGAUUAUACUGCAUCUUAUUCACUUGUCAGGUAUUGUUCAUGUUCCAUCAAUCCAGAAGCCUUAGAAUGAGUUUACUUGAAAUUUGUGAAGUGAAAUAAACAUUCAUGAAAGAGGCAGUGCUGAUUCGUAUGGGAAGGGUUUUAUGCAGUAAAGGGAAUUAAUAUGAAAGCAAUGCAUUUCUUUCACCAUUUGGAAUUCAGUUUAUAAGAGAGAGAGAAAAUAGUGGAAGAAUUGCAGUGAUUUUUGUGACAAUAUAUCCUUGCAAGGAAAAAUGAAAUAAAAACAGCUGCAGAAACCCACUCUUCAAGAAGUCAUCCUCUCUCCAGCUGAAGGAAGAAAGAGGAAGAGGUGUGAAGUUAUCUUCCCCAAACACAAGCCCCACAGCCCAAAGGAUGAGAGUUCUGCUCUGUUAUGUUUCAGUGGACAUCAUGUCAAUCAGUCUCCUUUACUGGCAUGCAGGGACCCCUUGCCACAGAAGUAAAAUAUGCAAAUUCCUGUGAAAGGGUCUUCAUCCUUGAUGCUUUCUUUUGUCUCUGCAUUCCAGCUUCAGAGCUGUGUUGUCAGCAUGCCAGGCAUGUAUCUUUCUAAUUGAAGACUAGUAGAUUAUGUUUCUCAAUUCUCAUCUGCUUUUUGUGUAGAAAUUUGUGUGAUGGGUUGCCUCUGCUGAGCUUUUGAUAGUUCGUUGAAGGCUUUUUAGGCACGUAGUUUAAUUUUAUUUAUGGAUAAAUUCGUAUGUUGCUCUCCAAAACCAGUUUCUGUAUAGUUUCCGAAACAAACAAACAAAAAUGGAUUGCUAUGCCUGAUUAUGCAACAGUUCUAGGAUUGCCAGCUUUCCUGAUUUUUAUCAUUAUGGUCCAGAAAAUUCCUCUCACACCCGGUAUCAAGAAACAUCCUUCCACAAUGGGGGGAUUUUCAGAAUUUAAAGGGUGUUAAUGUAGAGUGAGAGAGACUCGUUUAGAUCUUUAUAUGUGUGCAUACUUUGUAUUCUUCCAGCGGGUACAUUUCCCUUCUCGUUACUGUGUGCCACAUGGAAGCAUAUGGAAACACAUGGAAACACAUGCUCCAGAAUCAAUGUUUACAGUUCAACCUUGUAGCAUAGCAGAUUCCUUUCUGAGGCUGGAACUAGACUCUACAGCUAAUGUAGAGCUAUUGCCAAAGCCAAUUCUCCCCUUCAAUAUCUAGAGGUUUGUAACAUAAUCACAGUGAGUAUCCUCAUAAGUUAUGGGUGGGGUUGGGGAAAAGAAAAAGGGUCAUGGAGCUGUUGCUUUCAGCUACUGCCUGCAUCUAUCUAAUUUUGGCCUGAAGCACUGAAACCUUGUCUAAAUAAUUAUUUAAGCCUAUGUUUGGCAGUUUGCCAGUUGUACAAUCAGUAGACUCAAAUGGUAAGACCUUUCUUACACACCACUGCGUCAAACUUUGUUAUUGAAUAUUCCAUUAUAGAAAAUAACCAUGUAUUUAGAAAACUGCUAUUUCAAUUGACAGUAGUUCAGCCUGGCCUCCUCUCAGUCCUGAUGUUUUAAAUUCUUCAACGUGUAUCGGGCGGGGCAUUUUUUUAAAAAAUGCAACACCCUUUCCUUGAAGUGUAGUCUAGAUUGGUAAGAGUCCAUUUGCCACCUGUUGAUUCAGCUGGUAAGGUAAAAGUAAAGGACCCCAGGGCAGUUAAGUCCAGUCAAAUUCGACUAUGGGGUACGGUGCUCAUCUCCGCUUUCAGGCCGAGGGAGCCGGCAUCUGUCUACAGACAGAUUUUCCGGGUCAUGUAGCCAGCAUGACUAAACUGCUUCUGGUGCAGCGGGGCACAGUGACAGAAGCCAGAGCGCAUGGAAACGCUGUUUAUCUUCCCGCUGCAGCGGUACCUAGUUAUCUACUCACGCUGGUAUGCGUUCAAACUGCUAGGUUGGCAGGAGCUAGGACAAAGUGCCAUAAACUGGCCCUUAGCUUCUGAUAAAAUCUAAAAUGACCUCCCUUGCACUACCCAAUUCAAUGUUCGGAACUGCUUAAAUGAAAAGAUGGCAAGCCUAGCACUGUUGUAUUCUGCAACUUACUUUGUUCCACUGUUUCUUCUGUCGUCCAUGACCUGCCCAGAACUUUACACUCCCCCCCCCAACACUUUGGUGGUUACAAAAUUGGAAGCCCCAGAUAAGCUCUCCCAUUCCAUUUCUUUUUAUCCUUGUGUUGUUUAUUUUAUUUUGGGGCUGAAGAAAGUGAUGCAACUUGUGGGUUUCCUUGUUGGACAAAAUGUGAUUGGUGUCAUCUAAGGUUCCCCUCCUUAUGCCAACAAGAAGUUUGUAUACAUGAUGUACCUUAUAUUGCUACACUUGGCAUUUUUCCACUCCCACCCACACCACAAAGUAUACACUCAGUUGAAAUAUUUCACAGAUAUGCCCCGUUUUAGACGUUUACUGUGGCAUUUUUUUUUGUUAAGGACAGGCGGAACACAACAGUCCCCAUAAGAUGGGAUCAUAGCUCAGGCAGAACAUCAUGUUCAGCUUAAGUGAAGAACUGUCAAAAUCUCCCCCUCCCUGUCUUCUCCCUCACUGAAAGCAAACUCUGGUACAACCUCAGCACUUAUUUAAAUAUAGGCAGGGCAGAAUCCAUUUGAGUAAUAAUCAAAUGUUUCUCAGGAGUUGGUACAUAUCCAUACAAAAGAGAGACUGUGUUGUUGUUUUUUGAAGAGCAUUUUUUCAUCUGUUAGAAGCUGUGAGCAAAAUAUCAGGGACCUUACUUGAACUCCCAGAAAGCUUGACACUGGAUGCUUGGUGGUGUAGCUUGUAUGAGAUCUACUAUGAAUCAAGUGCAUUGUGUUGCUUUACUAUGCACAGAUACGACUACUAAAUUACCGCAGUAUUUUAGACUGUUACCUUUGAGAGACCUUUAUUACAAUCCAGUAUAUUGUUGCCCACUUUUUUGUGCCAAACAUCCACGCAUUCCAUAGUCUGUUAACACUGGAAAAAGUUGAUCCAGAUUUUCCAUUUUCUUUCGUCUUCUGCUGUUUCAGUACUUCAUGUACACACAUAUCACUAUGGAAUAAAGUGUCAGUUGUA